GGAGGCGGCCGCAGCACCAUGGCCGGGCCCCCGCCGCCGCCCCCGGGCCAGGAGGCGCCGCGCUACCAGGAGUGGAUCCUGGACACCAUCGACUCGCUGCGCUCGCGCAAGGCGCGCCCGGACCUGGAGCGCAUCUGCCGCAUGGUGCGCCGGCGGCACGGCCCGGAGCCGGAGCGCACCCGCGCCGAGCUGGAGAAGCUCAUCCAGCAGCGCGCCGUGCUCCGCGUCAGCUACAAGGGGAGCAUCUCGUACCGCAACGCCGCGCGGGUCCAGCCGCCCCGCCGAGGCGGAGCGCCCGCCGCCAGCCCCGCCGCCCCGCCGCGGCCGGCCCGCACUUCCCCGCCCAGCGCUCCCGCCGCCGCCGCCGCCACCGCGACGCCCCGGUCCUCCCAGCGCGCCGCGCCUCGCUCCGAGCCCGCCGCGCCGCCGCCGCCGCCCCCUCCGCCGCCGCGCCGGACCGGACGGGAGCGGCCGCCGCCGCCGCCGCCCCCCCAAGCCCAGGAGGAGCCCUCCCCCGUCAGCCUGCGAGAAAUCGUGCGCUACUUCGGCGGCGACGGCGCCGCGCCGGCGGGCGGGCGGGUGACUCGGGGCCGAGCGCAGGGGCUGCUCCAAGAGGAGAGGCUGGAGAGGACCCGCUUGGGUGGCGGAGGAGGAGGCGGCGGCGGCGGCGGCAACGUCGCCUUGCCCAGGGCGGAAAGAGGCGCGCAGGCCCGGGCCCCCAACGCCAGGCCCUACAGGAACAAGAAGGCAGGCGAGGAGGCCAAAGGUGAAGAGGAGGAAGAAGAAGAGGAAGAAGAAGAGGAUGAAGUCUCUACCAUGUCCGAAGGUUCAGAGGUGGCCCAAGAUUAUGAGGCCAGCAAUUACAGCCGGUCGGGGAUAGGCCAGGUGAACGGGGACUGUAAGGACAGCAAGCACGGUGGGAAAGAGAUCCCGCCCAGCAGUGCCCUCCCCAGAGACCUGCACUCCCUUGAGGAGCACUGCUUGAACAAAGGCUCCGAGCAUCCCCACCACGAAGGGAACGAGCGGUGUCACACCAACAAGGCCUCUUGGCCUGGAGAAAGUGCCUGUCAGCAUUUGGGGGGCAGCAAGAAAGAUGGCAGCACCUAUCAGCAGCCUGACAGAGCAGUGUCGCCAGCUGUUGCAGGUACUGAGCCUUCUGUGCCCUCCUCUCCUGGGAGACCUGGCAUCCAGGCAGAUGGGAGACCAUUCAGCUGCACCUUGGUGAAGGAGAAACCUUCCGACCCAGUGGAAUGGACCGUCAGUGAUGUUGUGGAUUAUUUCACAGAAGCUGGGUUUGCUGAGCAAGCAUCUGCCUUCCAAGAGCAGGAGAUCGAUGGGAAGUCUCUGCUGCUGAUGCAGCGCACUGACGUGUUGACAGGCUUGUCUAUCCGUCUGGGACCCGCGCUGAAGAUCUACGAGUACCACAUCAAAGUGCUGCAGCAGUGUCACUUUGACGAGGACGAGGGCGACUCCUUCAUGGGCUGAAGCCGAUGGGUACA